CAAGAGAUUGUAGGCUGCUGUGUCGUCAACGCCCUGUCGAUGGAUAUACAGACUAAGAAAUGUGCUGUGCUGGUAUUCCUUCUAUAUUAUGCAUCUGGGUGGAAGAGAUUAACGAGCAAUCGACACCAUAAUUGACUGAUUGUGCUGCGUCUUUUCAUCGAGUGCGGCCUUUCUUAAUUUGCUUUACUUCUUACCCCUAUUUUGUGUUUCUUGAGUAUCGACUCCAAAAUGCCGGAAGCUGUGAAGUCUUGUGGUUUCCUGGGCGAGCCGGGCGAGGCGACCUUUAGAUACGGCGAAAAUUAUGAGCCGCUUGCAAACGAUCGCUUUAUGCUCGAAAUUGACGAAGGCUUGCUGGAUCAGCUAUGCAAGGACAAUGACGCAGAGGGGCAAGGCGAAGGAAGUAAUAGAUAACGAAAUUCUCAUCGUCAUUUUCGUUUUCCGUUCAUUUUCCGUUGACAAAUUAUAGGAUGGAAGAUGUGCUCUUUGUCCUACUGCUACAUUCUUUAUUCACAAUGUAGUGGACCUGGAUGUGUUCCAUGUAUUUAUUCAUGACUAGCAGGUGCAGCGCUCGGAGGAUUAGGUAGCAGCGAUGGGUCGGAUUUCAGAGCACACAAAUUGCCGGAGCUCGGGAAUAAGGCGCUCUUCGUUGGCAAGCGAAACGAAAACGCGUUUUUUGUGACAAAAGAUGCACAAAUGAGCAUAAUGCAGCUGAAGAAUAGCAAUUCGCAGUUGCUCGUUCACCUUAUGAACGUUCCUGUUUCGUCAAAUUAUGGCUAGCCCUUAAUAUUGCAAUUUUAGAAUUCGACUGUGGCGGGCUUCAUCGAGGGUAGGUUACCAUUGUGAGGCCCCCAAAGCUUCACCUGGUAGAGUCUUUUUGCAGAAGUGCCAGAUGAUGCGCCGUUGAUGUGCACAAUUUACAGAUUUGAACUUCAACCGAUUGUAGCGCUAAUCUACGGACAAGAAGCAAAAGCUGAGAGGGUCCUCCUCCGUGGAUGGUGGGCCGCCACUGAAGCGCUUAAAAACGGAUCCCGAAAAUGCUGCUGGGGGCCCACUCGAGCAGGCAGGCGGCAGCAGUAGUUCCAGCGGUGCCGUGGAAGCUGCUCCAGUAAAGACGGAGCGCAUCCUCAGCGUGCGAACAGGCUUCGAGGACAUAAUUUUUCUUCGCGCAGAAGCGGGAGAUACUGGUCAAAUUCAGCGCAUACUCGAGAAGGAAUAUCCAUGCUAUCUCGGUGAGACGCGAGCAUCGAAUAAUGUGCGCUUUUGUUCCGGCGAAGAAAUGCGAUACAGGUGUCAGUGCAGUGAUGCCAUUUUGAACGACUUCGUGGAAAAUUCUCCAUACGUCGUCAAAGUUCCAGACAAGGGCUUUCAGUGGCUCGAUCUGUACUGCUUUAUGCUUUAAUGAACUUUCACAUGCAAGCGUUGUUCAGUAGAUUUCUCUGAGUAUAUCAUGAUGAGAUGGAUUUUGAAUUUAUUAUGUUGUCCACGACGACAACAACUUCCUCCGCCAUUACUUCAGCGCAAUGCACGACACGAUUCUGGAUACAGUGUGCCUGUGCAUAUUACAAGAGGAGUUUUACGACGAUUUCGCUACAAAGAAGCUCUCGUUACAGCAAUUAGUCCACAAUUUCCAGUUCGAGUUUGAAUUCGAAUACCUUGUCACCAAGCCGAUACUUGAGUCCGUCCUACGAGCAGUCUGCGACCGCGUCACAGUCGUAAAUCCGUCGGAAGAUCCCCAGAGUAAAGAUAAGGCAGGUAGUAGUGUAGAAGGCGAUGCUGCACAUGACGAAGAGCGACGAAAAAUUACAAAUGGAGGGAGCGAAGAGACCGCAUUCAUCCUGAACACAGACAAGGUCCUCAAGAUUUUCGCGACAAAAGUUUUUGAACCGCCUGUCAUGUCUCUGCAGACCUUCUUGCAGAAAUGGAGAAACGAGCUACCUGUAUUUCAAUUUGUCCAUUUUCGAUUGGUGUCAAGAUUUUCGCCGUAUCUCGUGCUAGAAUCGGCUUGAUUAUUUUUUUCUACUAACUUUCUAAAAGUGUCGAUUCAAGACCUGAUGAAUCCGCCAGUAAAAAGUUUCCUUCAUCAAUCGAAUAGUCCAUCCUAAGGUUGAUUUUCUGGACUUGGAGAUUACCGCCGAAACGAUCGUUCCUCCAAUGUUCGUCAUUCGGAAUAGCGUGGUGAGGGCCGACGAAGAGUCGUUGCCAAAAGACGCUGUACUGCGUUUGGAAAAGCUUUUUGCGCUGUAUCCGAUCUGGUACCAGUCCCAGCUCGAGACGAUAAUCAAUCCGGUGCUGCCAGCGACCACAAAAGUCGCAGCGUGGCUGCUGAAGAAAGCGCGCAAGACGGAGAUAGAGAAUCCAGCAACGGGAGAGGAAGAAUCCAUGUUUGUAUCGAAAUUUGGCGUCGUGCCUCUGAACGCGGAUGGCUCGCUCAGAAAACCGCCAUCUUGAGUUGGAGGGUGUAAAAAGGUUCGAGGACCUGCUCGUGAAUUCCUGAACAACAAGAAGACUAGCGCCUUUUUUCAUCCAUUUAUUUCACGUAAACUUUUGCGAUUUAUGAUUUCCAUUUUUGAUUCGACGAUGGAUUAUGGAACACCAGGGAAUGGUGCGUCGUUUCGCUGGCAUCGACACCAAUCAAUACAGACUUUCUGUGACUCUUGUUAGAGAGUAAUGCCAACGCCUAGUCGUACGGGAUGCAUAUGAAAUAAAUAUCCUACUCGGUACGUCCUUUUCCG